AUGCUGAGGGAACUCCACCUCUCCCUGUCGCUGGUCCUGGUGUUUGCCUGUGGCCUGCUAUACCAUCUCACCCUGAGGUCCCAAUGCUUCUUUGCCUGCCUGCCUCUCUUCACAUCUUCUCCGGGGCAGGAAGGCCUCUUGAGCAGUGGACGAAGCAUUGUGUUCAUAGAAACUUCUGAAAGAGUGGAGCCACCUCCACUGGUCUCCUGUGCUGUGGAGUCUGCUGCCAAAAUCUACCCGGAGCAGCCGGUCAUCUUCUUUAUGAAAAGGCUCAGCAAUGCCACACAGCUGAAUUCAAACACCAGCUACCCAGCCUUCUCCCUGCUCUCAGCCAUAGAUAAUGUUUUCUUUGUCCCUUUGGACAUGAAAAAACUGUUUGAAGACACACCCUUGUUUUCAUGGUACACCAAAGUCAACAGCAGUACUGAGAAACACUGGCUCCAUGUCAGCUCAGAUGCAUCCCGCCUGGCUAUCAUCUGGAAAUACGGUGGCAUCUACUUGGACACUGAUGUCAUUUCCAUCAGGCCCAUCCCCGAAGAGAACUUCUUGGCAGCCCAGGGUUCCCGGCACUCCAGUAAUGGUGUAUUUGGGUUUCUCCCCCACCACCCCUUUCUGUGGGCCUGCAUGGAGAACUUUGUCGAGCACUAUAACUCACGCAUUUGGGGCAACCAAGGUCCCAAUUUGAUGACAAGGAUGUUAAGGGUGUGGUGCAGACUUAAAGACUUCCAUGAGCUGGGUGACCUGAAGUGUCUGAAUAUUUCCUUCCUUCAUCCCCAGAGAUUUUACCCUAUCCCCUAUCCAGAGUGGAGACGCUACUAUCAAGUGUGGGACACAGAGCCAAGCUUCAACAACUCCUAUGCGCUACAUUUGUGGAACUAUAUGAAUCAAGAGGGCAGGACUGUGGUUAGAGGAAGCAACACCCUGGUGGAAAAUCUCUAUCGAAAGCACUGUCCUAAGACUUACAGAGCUCUGAUUCAAGGUGCAGAUGGGGACGUGUCCAGGGAGCCAGGUACAGUAUUUUCAUCUUUGCUGUCCCAAAAUGUAGAGCUUGGCAUAUGGAAGCUGUGGCGAGAGAAGGCCCUAAGAUACAACAAAGGCCUCCCAGAACUUAAAAGCAAUGAGACCCAACGAGAAGGCAGCAGGACCCAUAAUCAGGAGAGAGAAAAUAAUUCCCUCCAGCUUCUGCCCCAGCUUCCUGGGAUCUGCAUAAGGGAUCUGGAAAAUGAUUGCCAUUUGAUCAAACGGAGCACUCUCCAAGUGUCUCCUUAUGUGGGCCUUGGCCAAAUCCCUUUAGUUUGGCGGGCUUGCAGAGAUGCCUGCAAAGCAGCCGCCGCCGGCUGGCCUAGUUUACCGGACAGUGGCUGCGUCCAGCCAUGGCUGUUCCGGGGCGCUGGGGAGAGGCUCCGCCUCUGCUGUGGGUGGGGGUGGGAGGCACUGCAGACCCCGGGCCCUGAGCUGCUAGCGUGGAGAGGCGCGCAGGAUCCCUGCAUUCGGCUAGUAGUGUCAGCCUGGCUGGCAGCAUCCUCGGGCUGCCCGCGGAGAUGGGGUGAGUCUGGACCUAUGGGUGGGGUGAGUGAGGACGUGGCACCUUCCCCAGACCUCCAGUCUUCAGCCCCUGCUCCGAGUGACCCCCAGGGUGACGGAGGCCUCCCCGGAAAACUAUGCCUGGAUUCCAGCCUGGAGCCGGGGGAGGGUGCGCGGUUCCAGGCGGAGCUACUUCGCCGCUGCGCGCGCAGGUUAAACAUUAGUGGCUUCGGUCACCCAGCCAAGGAACCGAGCUGCGUGGUCCAGGGUGCCUCACGACGUCUCGUUCCCUGUGCCUCCAUCCUAGCGGCCUCGGAUUGUUCUGGACUGAGGUACCCUGCCGGCGAAGGGCUGGCGUGCUUGGAGAUGCGGAAUGAGAUGACUGACACCCAGCCGCCCCUCCCUCCCCAACCCCCCCUGCCUUCUUCGGGAGGGUGGUCUUGGGAAUGGUGUUUUUGA